AUGAAACUGGAAUUCACCGAGAAAAACUACAACAGCUUUGUGCUGCAGAACUUGAACAAACAGAGAAAACGCAAAGAGUACUGGGACAUGGCCCUGACUGUGGACCACCAUGUUUUCUUUGCACAUCGCAACGUGCUGGCUGCUGUCUCUCCACUGGUGAAAAACCUCUUCUCCAGUCAUGACAUGAAGACCACCGAUGAGCUCUUCAUCACCAUUGACUCCAACUACCUGAGUGCGGCCACGGUGGACCAGCUCCUGGACUAUUUCUAUAGCGGCAAGGUGGUGAUCUCAGAGCAGAAUGUGGAGGAGCUGCUUCGGGCUUCUCAGUAUUUCAACACGCCGCGCCUCCGAAUUCACUGCAAUGAGUUUCUCAUUAAGUCCAUUCGCCGUGCCAACUGCUUGCACUACCUCUUCCUGGCUGAGCUGUUUGAGCUCAAAGAGGUAUCAGACUUGGCCUACGCUGGCAUUCGUGACAACUUCCACUUCUGGGCUAGUCCUGAGGGCUCCAUGCACUUCAUGCGCUGCCCACCUGUCAUCUUCGGCCGCCUGCUUCGCGACGAGAACCUCCACGUGCUCAACGAGGACCAGGCGUUCAGCGCACUCAUCAACUGGGUACACUUCCGGAAGGAGGAACGGGAAAAAUACUUCAAGAAGUUCUUCAAUUACAUCAACCUCAAUGCCGUAUCCAACAAGAUGCUCAUGUUCGCCAGCAACAAGCUGAUGGGCAUGGAGAACAGCUCAGCCCACGUAACCCUGAUUGAGAGCGUCCUGAUGGACCGCAAGCAGGAGCGGCCGUGCAGCCUGCUGAGCUACCAGCGCAAGGGAGCUCUGCUGGACUCCGUGGUCAUCCUCGGUGGCCAGAAGGCCCAGGGCAAGUUCAACGACGGAGUAUUCGCCUAUAUCAUCCAGGAGAACCUGUGGUUGAAGCUCUCUGAGAUGCCCUACCGGGCAGCAGCACUUAGUGCCACUGCUGCGGGCCGCUAUAUCUACAUCUCUGGUGGCACCACGGAGCAAAUUUCAGGCCUGAAGACGGCCUGGCGGUAUGACUUGGAUGACAAUUCCUGGACCAAGUUGCCUGACCUUCCCAUUGGGCUCGUCUUCCACACCAUGGUGACCUGUGGAGGGACUGUGUACUCAGUGGGUGGGAGCAUUGCCCCAAGGCGGUAUGUCUCCAAUAUCUAUCGCUAUGAUGAGCGCAAAGAGACCUGGUGCCUGGCGGGAAAGAUGAGCAUCCCUAUGGACGGCACGGUCGUGAUCACUAAGGGUGAUCGGAAUAUGUACAUUGUCACUGGGCGAUGCUUGGUGAAGGGCUACAUCUCCCGGGUCGGGGUAGUGGACUGCUUUGACACCAACACGGGGGACGUGGUCCAGUGCAUCACCUUUCCCAUUGAGUUCAACCACCGGCCCCUGCUCUCUUUCCACGAGGACAUCCUCUGCGUGCACAGCCACCGCCAGAGUGUAGAGAUCAACUUACAGAAGGUAAAGGCCAACAAGUCCACCACCUCAGUGCCUCUCUUGCCCAACAGCUGUCCCUUGGAUGUGUCCCACGCUAUAUGCUCCAUCGGAGACAACAAAGUGUUUGUCUGUGGGGGUGUCACCACAGCCAACGACAUCCAGACAAAGGACUACACCAUCAAUCCAAAUGCCUACUUGCUGGACCAAAAGAUAGGUGAAUGGAAGACCUUGGCCGCGCCCCCAGAGGCACUAGACUGUCCUGCCUGCUGUUUAGCCAAGCUGCCUUGCAAGAUUCUUCAAAGGGUUUAG